AUGUUGCUGGCCUUACUGAGGCAGUGUGAGCCUUCGUGCUGCGCUCCUCCUCCUCCACGCGCGCCCUACAUCUUCAUUGACAAGGCGGUGCUGCGUGAGGCUGCCACCUUCCUCACCGCCAACCGCCUGCCCACUGGCUGCUUCGCCAGCAUAGGGCAGCUCUUCAACAGCGCCCUCAAGGGGGGAGUGGAUGACACCGUCUCCCUCUCUGCCUACGUGACCACUUCCUUACUGGAGCUGCAGCGACUGAGGCCCACGAUGGCCUCCCAGGUUUAUGAAGAGUCUCAGAACAGGCGUCGCCGCAGAGAUUUGAUCAGUGAUCUAGAUCUCGAGUCUGCUCUCGUGCAGCCCCUGCCCUCCGACUUCAAGACGGACGUGUUAGGCGGGUCACUGGACUGUCUGCGUCAGGCCCUGGGGACGGUGAACAACACCUACACCCUCGCCCUCCUCGCCUACGCCUUUACCCUCGCUGGAGACGAGACCUCGAGGGACAGCACCCUCCUCCGGCUGGACGCCCUCGCCAUCAAUGAGGAUGGCCAGACCCACUGGGGGCAACGUGAAGGUGGGGAGGAGGGGUUGGGGCACUGGUGGAGGGCCCCCUCGGCUGAGGUGGAGACGACAGCCUACGUGCUGCUGGCCCUGCUCUCCCCCCCCAACAUCAGCCCCACCCAGCUGCAGCGCUCCUCCCCCAUCAUCCGCUGGCUGGUCCGCCAGAGGAACUCGUACGGAGGCUUCGCCUCCACACAGGACACAGUGGUGGCCCUCCAAGCCCUCUCCCUCUAUGCGGCCCUCACCUACUCCCCCGAGCCCCUCUCCUCCGUCUCGCUCACUGGCCCCGGUGGCUUCCAGCGGCUCCUCCACAUCGACGCCCACAACCGGCUGGUGGUGCAGAGAGCGGCACUGCCGGCCCCCGGCACCUACAUCGGCAACAUCACCGGCACCAGCUGUGUGCUGCUCCAGACGUCUCUCCGUUACCACACACUGCCGUCUGCCGGUGCUGCCGCCUUCCAGCUCUCCCUCCACCUGGAGCCGUACGGGAAGACGGAGGCAAAGCUGCACAUCAACGUCACCUACACGGGAUCCCGCAACGUCUCCAACAUGGUGAUCGUCAACGUGAAGAUGCUCUCCGGGUAUUCCCCCCAGACCACGAUGCCUGUGGGUGUGAGUCGCAUAGAGUCAAAGGACGGACAUUUCCUGAUGUACAUUGAAAAGAUGGACGCCGGCCAGACCCUCCCCCUGUCCGUCCGCAUCUUCCAGGAAUUCCCUGUGGAAAACCUGCAGGAGGCCCAAGUCUCCGUCUACGACUACUACGUGACCGACGAGGCCGCCAUUGCUGGAUACAAGUGGCCCACUUCAAGCAAGGAGUAGCAAAUCAUGGAGGAGGCCGCGGGUCGAGUGGGAUGAACACAGAGGCUCCCAGCGCCGGACAGAAGCCGAAAACAAUCUCCAACCAAGAAUCAGCCUCAAUAAAUGACUAAAUCAAUCCUC